GGGAUGUUCCAGGAACUUUGGAGGUAAUUCACCGCCAUCCUGAUUAUGACGUUUUGGACUGGAAUGACAGUGACGAUGAGCCCCUAUCAAACACGGCUUGGACGCAGAACACUCUAGAAAUAAGCGGCCUAGAAACCAACGCCAGCAGCCCGAAGUACAUUGGAGGAAAACUUUACCUCAAUACAGUGCUGUUUAUGAUGCUACAGAUACAUUACAAAACCGACAACAAUGUAUAA